CAGGACGCUGCCAGAAUCCAAUUCUAGGUACCUAAUGCCCACGCAAUAUACGUACCUCUAGGUACCUCGCUCAUUCACCCAACGCCUGACCCGCCUAACUACACCUCAGUCCAAUCCAGUCCAGUCACUGGUCUCUCUUAGUACCUUACCUUACUUUGCCUUACCUCUACUCAUCCCUCUCCCUACGCGCCCUCCAACUCUCAACCUCAAAAAUUCAAUCUCUCACUCAACCUCUCUUCUCCCUGUCACGACUACUUCCACUUCCUUUUUUCUUAUCAAACAAUUCCCAAUAUCUUCCAAAAUGGCCACCGAGCGUGAAAGCAAGACCUUCCUGGCCCGCCUCUGCGAGCAGGCCGAGCGCUACGAUGAGAUGGUCACCUACAUGAAGGAGGUGGCUAAGCUGGGCGGAGAGCUCACCGUUGACGAGCGUAACCUCCUCAGCGUCGCCUACAAGAACGUUGUCGGCACCCGACGUGCCUCGUGGCGCAUCAUCUCCUCGAUCGAGCAGAAGGAGGAAUCUAAGGGCUCCGACAAGCACGUCUCCACCAUCAAGGACUACCGCAACAAGAUCGAGACCGAGCUCGAGAAGGUUUGCCAGGAUGUUCUCGAUGUCCUCGACGACUUCCUCAUCCCCAAUGCCGCCACCGGCGAGUCCAAGGUCUUCUACCACAAGAUGAAGGGUGACUACCACCGUUACCUCGCCGAAUUUGCCUCUGGUGAGAAGCGCAAGGGUGCUGCUACCGCUGCCCACGAUGCUUAUAAGAGCGCUACCGAUGUUGCCCAGACUGAGCUCACUCCCACUCACCCCAUCCGUCUGGGUCUCGCUCUCAACUUCUCCGUCUUCUACUACGAGAUCUUGAACUCCCCCGACCGUGCUUGCCACCUCGCGAAGCAGGCCUUCGACGAUGCUAUUGCCGAGCUCGACUCCCUCUCUGAGGAGUCUUACCGCGACAGCACCCUGAUCAUGCAGCUCCUCCGAGACAACCUCACCCUCUGGACUUCUAGCGACAGCGCUGAGGGCGAGGCCGCUGGUGCUGCCGAUGCUGCCAAGAAGGAGGAGGGCGAGGCUGGCAAGCCCGCUGAGCCUGCCGCCGCCCCUGCUGAGGAGCCUGCGCCUGCUGCUGCCUCCUAAAUCUAUCAAUAAUCCCCCUCGAUACCACAUGCGUCUCGGCAUAUAGGAACCGAGUCGUAUUCUUGCCCCGGCUACACUUGUCUGCCCCCGGACACACGGAUAGCUGGGCCUGUCUUGGGCGGGCUGGAUGAUAGUACGAGGCUUCUUCUUUUUGCGCGGUGCGUUGCUUUUUUUCCCAUGGCGAUGGAGAGGGAGGAAUCACAAAGGGUCUGGUUUUCUGGCAAGGGAGAGUGUAUGGCGUGGAAUCUUUCAUCUUGUUUUGUCCGUCGGACUAGUAAGAAGGGAAGAAGGGAGCAGGAAAAUUCGAUCGGUCAACACUCGGUGCUGACGGCUAUUUGUCUUUUUUCCCCCUCUUUUCUACCUGGCAGAUAAAUCGCAAAGUUUCCUCCCCUUUUCACACGUCUUUUUUCUUUGGCCUACUUUCCGUAUCUAACAUCUGUGUAUCUCUCAAUCACCGUCUUGUUGGUCAUUGAGAACGUGGACAGGGCUCAGCCCGUCUAGAUGGAUCGUCACGAAGAAGUCUUUCUCAUGUUAACGCUUUUCCCCCAAUUGUCGUAUGUCUUUUAUGUUUUUCUGUUCAUGUCUAUUGGUUCGUUCUCAAACGCAACCCCCCUGAAGAGAGGCAAUGGAGAGAUGAAUUGUUUCCUGUUGUUUCUAAACAAAGACUUGUCCCCAAAAAUCAACCCCUACAUUCAUGUUCACGGGUAGCGAGAAAAAAGUGGCGGUAUAAGCUGCCCCUUGGCUUUUCCGAUCUGAAGCCUCUCAGAGUUCUGCACUGGUGACGUUUGUUCUCUGCUGACAUUUUCCUGAUGUUGAACUGUUGCAUCUUCCCAGCGCUCGUGUUCCGUCUUUCCAUUCGCGAGCCGUCUGCUAAGGGGGUUUCCGAAGUUUGCAUAUGUUUAACGUCAAUGUCGGGCGGGACAAGUGUCGAAUGUGAUAGUCUCUCGUCCCUGAGAUUAGAAAGAUUGGUUUACACGUGCAUGCUAGUCUGGGUACGUGGAAUUAUCUGUGAAGGACAUUGAUUAAUGAAGAAUAAAUGCUAUAUCAUGACACAUGUCGACAUGGACCCGGCUGCCUAUUAAGAAGUAUGUAAUGCUGGCACCGAGCCGUUCGUAAGCAAACGUGACAGACGCAUUCCUUGCUUGGUAGCGAGUGCUGAUGCGUCAGUCCAUUGGCGACGCUGUCACCGUUCCUCGAUGCGACGGUUGAGUAACCUGGCUGCUCGAGCCAACCUCUCUUGCUUCUCCUUCAAGCCAUUUCCUUCUUCGCUAUCCCUCUCCAGAAUGCCGCCUUCUUCAUCUCUCGCGUCCUCUCCACGAGCCACCCUGUUCUCAAGUCCGCGGUACAUGGCCGUACGGCCAUCUGGGGGAAGCUCGGCGGCGGCGGCGGCCAUGUUGGCAGCGGUGCGUCUCUUGGGCCCAAAGCGCCAGCUGAUGCGCUUCCACAAGCUUCGGGGCUUGGAACCAGCAGGUGAUGGAGGUGUAACAAACGAAGUAUCUGGGUCGGGGUCUGGAGUGGCGGCGGAUGAAGAUGAUAGUGAUGAUGAUAGUGACGGGGCCGUGGGGAGGUGUAGGGCUGAAGCGACUUCGGUGCGCCAGAUGUGAAUGCGCUCUUGCUUUGCAGGAGGCAUGAGGGGGUUGAUCCUGGUUCGGUGAUCUGAAUUAUCGGCGGCCAUAGCUGGUUCUUUUACUGUUGAAGCUGAUGUUGAUAAUAGCAAUUGAUUAAUUCGUUGUGAUUGAGUAAUGGGAUCCGUAAGGAGA